AUGAUGCUCGAAGCACCUCCUCCCCGCCGCCACAUCUCCAGCGCGCCCAUCCCUCUCGACGCUGCGUCGGCCAUCCUCGACAAGUACCUCUCGAACUCGGAAACGUACCCGCAUCUCCAUCCCGAUGCGACUAUCACACCAGAAGGCGUCGCAUUCAAUGCGCAAGGCGGCGCUAUGGGCAACCCAAUCAUGCACCACUUGCGCCGUGUAGCAGCGGGUAUGCGCGGCGAGUACCAAGAACCAGAACGAGCGCUAGACGAGGAAGACGACCAACAAAACGCAACCACGGAUGUCACUGUCAAGACUGGUCGCAAGGGCGGUCUCAAGAAGUCCAGCCAGUUUGCAACGGUUGCCGAGGGAGAAUGGCAGGACCUGGCUGAGUAUCAGGCUGAACAGGGAGAUAUCGAGAUUGGAGAGAUUGGCGACAGGACGAAUGUUGUGCAGGAGGGUGGUGAAGAACCCGAGGUACAGUCUACCAAGGGCAAAGACAAGAAGCGGACGAAUGCGCAGGUGGAGGAGCAGGGGCCCGCGGAUGGCGUGAUAGACAAGGACGCGAGGAAGAGGGCGAAGAAAGAACGAGACCAGCAGAGGAAGAAGGAAAAGGCCGCGAAGGGCAAGUCAAAAGAGUAA